AUGGCAUCCUGCAACCUCUCUUCCUGCAACCUUUCUUCCUCCACUUCAAUUUCUUCAUUCCCCUCUAAUGCCGCCCGCAGAAGAACUUCCAACACCGUCGCUCUCACCCGGAAGAACCGGAACCUUAAAGUCUCCGCCAUGGCCAAGGAAUUGCAUUUCAACAAAGAUGGUUCGGCUAUCAGGAAGCUUCAGAAUGGUGUGAACAAGCUUGCGGAUUUGGUUGGUGUUACUCUUGGCCCUAAAGGAAGGAAUGUUGUUCUUGAGAGCAAGUAUGGUUCGCCCAAAAUUGUUAACGAUGGUGUCACUGUUGCUAAAGAGGUUGAGUUGGAGGAUCCGGUUGAGAAUAUCGGUGCCAAAUUGGUGAGACAGGCAGCUGCCAAGACAAACGACUUGGCCGGUGAUGGAACCACUACUUCUGUUGUUUUGGCUCAGGGUCUUAUUGCAGAAGGUGUCAAGGUUGUUGCAGCUGGUGCAAACCCUGUGCUCAUCACACGUGGAAUUGAGAAGACAGCAAAAGCUCUUGUAGCUGAACUUAAACUGAUGUCAAAAGAGGUUGAAGACAGUGAAUUGGCUGAUGUGGCAGCAGUUAGUGCUGGAAACAAUUAUGAAGUAGGAAACAUGAUAGCUGAAGCAUUGAGCAAGGUUGGUAGGAAGGGUGUUGUGACACUAGAGGAGGGAAAGAGUGCUGAAAACAGUCUAUACGUUGUUGAGGGGAUGCAAUUUGAUAGGGGAUAUAUUUCCCCCUACUUUGUUACUGACAGUGAGAAAAUGACUGUUGAAUUUGAAAACUGCAAGUUGCUGUUGGUUGACAAAAAGAUAACCAAUGCAAGGGAUCUCAUUAACAUAUUGGAGGAUGCAAUUAGAAGUGGAUCCCCUAUUUUGAUCAUUGCAGAGGAUAUUGAACAAGAAGCUUUGGCAACUCUUGUUGUGAACAAACUUAGAGGAUCACUGAAGAUUGCAGCACUUAAGGCUCCUGGAUUUGGAGAACGCAAGAGCCAGUACCUUGAUGAUAUUGCAAUCUUAACAGGAGGUACUGUCAUCAGAGAGGAGGUUGGCCUUACCUUAGACAAAGCUGGGAAUGAGGUUCUGGGCACUGCUGCCAAGGUGGUUCUAACCAAAGAUACAACUACAAUCGUUGGUGAUGGAAGUACCCAGGAAGUUGUUAACAAGAGAGUUUCACAAAUUAAGAACCAAAUUGAGGCUGCUGAACAAGAUUAUGAAAAGGAGAAGCUGAACGAAAGGAUUGCAAAGCUGUCUGGUGGCGUGGCUGUCAUACAGGUUGGUGCACAAACUGAGACAGAACUUAAGGAAAAGAAAUUGAGAGUUGAAGACGCCCUUAAUGCUACAAAGGCCGCUGUUGAAGAGGGUAUUGUAGUUGGUGGUGGGUGCACUUUGCUCAGACUUUCAUCAAAGGUGGAUGCAAUCAAGGCUACCCUUGCAAAUGAUGAAGAAAAAGUUGGAGCCGACAUUGUUAAAAGAGCUCUUAGUUACCCUUUGAAAUUAAUAGCAAAAAAUGCCGGUGUAAAUGGCAGUGUUGUUAGUGAGAAGGUUCUGUCAAAUGACAAUACAAGAUUUGGAUAUAAUGCUGCCACUGGUAAAUAUGAAGAUUUAAUGUCUGCAGGGAUCAUUGACCCAACAAAGGUUGUCAGAUGUUGCCUGGAACAUGCGGCCUCUGUUGCCAAAACCUUCUUAAUGUCAGACUGUGUUGUUGUUGAGAUAAAGGAACCCGAAUCUGUAGCUGCUGGCAACCCCAUGGACAAUUCAGGAUAUGGUAUGUAG